AAAACCAUCACCUGGCGGAUGGACGUUUUAAUUUUGCACCAGUCCGUCGCCACCUCGUCACGCCAUCUUCCUUCAACUUUAUUGGAAAGCAUUUCUACACGAGCAUCCAUCCAUUCGUACAUACAGAAAUAUGGCCUUUGUUAAAAUCGUUCUUUGGUCAUGUCUGGGGGCUGUCCUCGGCUACUUUGCCAUCCAAGAGUUCACAGUGGUCACCGAAAGCUUUUUAGUACAGAAGCUUAUACCUGCUAAGAGGAAGGAUGUUUUCGACCUGCUGAUCAAUCCAGAUUAUAUCUUAAAGUUUCACCCCUUGUGUGUUGGUAUCACCAAUGUUACAACAUCACAUGGAAGGGAUGGAAUGAAAACUGUUCAGUUUGUUGUUACUGAAAAAACAGCCAUUUCAUUAGGGUUUUUUGAAAUCAACCAAAACAUCACUUUUCCUGUGAAUGAGACAGUCAUAGAGGAAAAUGCAAUAAUUGAAUACAGAGCCUUACUGAUGGGUGGUUAUUUCACACUAAAACAGAGGUGGAAGAUGGCUGAUUAUACCAGUGGAAGUGGAGAUAAAAUUAGUUCAUUAGAGGAUCAUUUUCAGGUUACUUCCUUUCGUAUUUUGUUACGAUAUUCCAUGAAGGUAGCAUUUGGAGCACACAAUACCAUUACUGAAAAUAUCAUACAGCAUUUCUUAAAGGAAAGCAAGGAGUCAAAUGACAAGAGUGGCUGACAA